UUACUUUAGUAUUCAACAAAUCGCUCGCAGUGUGAGGUGGUUUUUACUGGGCCGUCCGGAAUUGUAUAUGUGACAUUGUAGUGUACGAGUAUCUCGGGCAUCUAUCGCUUUUCGCCAAAUAAUAUGCGUUUAUUUCGAAUCGAAGAGGAAUUAUAAACCAAUGUGUUGCCUAUAGUGUGCCAAAAAGCCUAUGUCAAAAAUGAAUCUCAGUAGAGUUAAUAUUACCUUGUGGGUACUUUUGUGCCUUGGGUGCAUAUCAGUGAUAAACAGUGACAAUGUUAACAAUCCGAAUUUGCCAAAAUGUUGCCCGCCUAAUAGCAUUAUUCUUGAUGAAAGCACGUGCCUGCUAGGCAACACCACUUUCAACGCAACUUUCAAUUGCGCCUUGGGUGCUUAUAUCAUCGACAAAGAUUUCGACAAGAUGGAUGAUUACACAGUUGUCGGUCGGGAUCUGUACAUGAAUAGUUCCAACUCACUAGUGGAGCCUGAUAGUUAUUGCAUUGGAGAAAUGGUGUACGAAAAUGGGACUCUCCAUGAAGUCGCCAUGCUGUGCUUUCAAGAAGCUGGCCAAGAAACCAGCAUAUUCAUAAAAGGAAUAUUGGCAUUCAUCUCGGUAGCUUUUAUUUGUGCUACAUUGUACGUGUAUAAAAUAAUACCUCAACUACGAGACACCCAGGAUAAAGUAACAAUGAUUUGCAUAUCAUGCUUGGCUGUUACGUUUACUGUCCUAGGAUUUGCACAGACUGUACCCUAUUCUUUCCCGAGUCCAGGAUUGUGUAUCACAUGUGCUUUCCUAAUUUAUGGGUUUUUGAUGGCUUACCUUGCUUGGUUGAACAUGGUCAUAGCAAACGUCCUAAAAUUGGUGGUUUUCCCCCAAUGGAAGAUUAAAGAAAGGAAGUGGUAUAUACUCAAUCAUGUUUAUGCAUGGACCAUCCCAAUUGUUUUGACUAUUAUUUUAAUAGCAUGCCAACAUGUGAAGUUGGAAGUACAUCCAAGGAUCGGGGAGAAUUCCUGUUGGAUUGACGAGGAAUCGCAGUGGCUCUAUUUGUACAUACCUUUAACAACACUGAUCACUCUCAAUUUGGUGCAGUUUGUCGUAAUAGCUAUAACUUUAUAUAAAUAUCCAAGCAAUCAUCUGAGUUCAAGCAAGAAAAAAGUUCUGAAACACAAGUGCCAGCUGUAUUUCAAUUUGUUUAUUCUUUCGGGGAUGACUUGGUUUUUCGAAUUGUUUUCCUAUAUAUUCAGGGAGUGGGAAGUUUAUUGGUUUAUUACAGACGCAGUGAAUGCAUUGCACGGAGCACUUAUAUUUUUGGUGUUGAUCAUUUUUCGAAAACGAGUUCGACGGGAAUUGGCUGGAAAACAAAUUUGUUGGUGUUGUCGUAUUCCACCAGAAUGGAAGAAAAUUGACAAUACAGAAGAUGAUGGAUUUUCCGAUGAAACAAAAUAUGAUAAUAUAAACAUCAGAUCUCAGACCGAUCAUGAUGAAUCACGGUCUUAGAUGUGGGUCACUUUUAAUUUUUACGCAAAUAUGUAUCUCGAAUUUCAAUUAGUUUUAGCUUGAUGUGGUAAGAAACGAUAUUUACUUAAUAUUUUUUACUAAAAACGAAUGGCAUAUUGUUACUGUUCGAAAAUGUGUAAUGUAAGUAUAGUAGCUUAAGCUUAUCUUAACUAUGUACUAAGUAUGAACUAAUUUACAUCCAAUGCAUUUGUAUUUAUAAUAUUCUUCACUUGCUUAAGCUUUUCAUAUUUUUUAAUAAAGAAAGCUACCGGAGUUUAUAGUAUAA